CGUGUGCUUGACAGCUCAGAGGAGAGGUCUGAAGGACCACGACGCGCAGGAACAGUCCUCAAUCUCUCUCAUUAUUUUUUGUUAGCUAUUCAGAUUCAUAUUUAAUCAUAAAGGCCACAGAAAGCUGUGUGUAGUUUAAAAUAUUCGCUAUCAUCCGUUGCCAGCGCUCUCGCUCAGAGUAUUCAUCCCGGGAUUUUGAAUGGAAGUGGAGGCUGAAGGGGCGGCCAGCCUGUGUGAGGCCAGGGAAGGGAGUCCGUUAUCCGGGGCAGCAUCAUCCGAUGACGGGGGGACGACAGACGACGGGGACGCGGACACGAUAUCAAAAAAGGCUUUCAUCACAGAGAUGCCUUCAUCAUCAGGCCAGCCGGCUCAUGGGAAGAAGAUCGGUCACAGAGGAGUGGAUGCUUCAGGAGAAACCACAUAUAAGAAGACCACAUCUUCAGCACUCAAGGGGGCCAUUCAGCUUGGGAUUGGCUACACGGUUGGCAACUUGAGUUCCAAGCCGGAGCGGGACGUCCUGAUGCAGGAUUUCUAUGUGGUGGAGAGCAUCUUCUUCCCCAGUGAAGGGAGCAACCUGACACCAGCUCAUCAUUUCCCAGACUUCCGCUUCAAAACCUACGCUCCCGUGGCCUUCCGUUACUUCAGAGAGCUCUUCGGGAUACGACCGGAUGACUAUUUGUAUUCGCUCUGUAACGAACCACUGAUUGAGCUGUCCAAUCCGGGAGCCAGUGGUUCAGUCUUCUAUGUCACCAAGGACGAUGAGUUCAUCAUCAAGACAGUUAUGCACAAGGAGGCGGAGUUUUUGCAGAAGCUCCUUCCUGGAUAUUACAUGAACUUGAAUCAGAAUCCUCGCACCUUAUUGCCCAAAUUCUUCGGGUUGUACUGCGUACAAUCGGGCGGCAAGAACAUUCGAAUGGUGGUGAUGAACAACGUUUUGCCCAGGGUGGUGCGCAUGCACCUCAAAUACGACCUGAAGGGAUCCACCUACAAGCGACGAGCCUCUAAGAAAGAGCGGGAAAAGGCGAAGCCCACUUUCAAAGACCUCGAUUUCAUGCAGGACGUUCAAGACGGUCUCCUGCUUGAUACUGACACGCACAGCGCCCUGGUCAAGACGUUGCAGAGGGACUGUUUGGUCUUGGAAAGCUUUAAGAUUAUGGAUUACAGUUUGCUGCUGGGAGUACACAACAUCGACCAGGCGGAGAAAGAGCAGCAGAUAGAGGGAUCUCAGGGCAACAGUGACGAAAAGAGGCCGCUGGCACAGAAGGCGCUUUACUCCACUGCCAUGGAGUCCAUACAGGGAGCGUCGGCCUGUGGAGAGGAGAUCGACACUGACGACACGAUGGGCGGCAUUCCUGCAGUCAAUGGAAGAGGAGAGCGGCUUUUACUGUACAUCGGAAUAAUCGACAUCUUGCAGUCUUACAGGUUAAUAAAGAAAUUGGAGCAUACGUGGAAGGCUCUAGUCCAUGAUGGGGACACAGUGUCUGUUCACAGACCAUCUUUCUAUGCGGACAGGUUCUUCAGAUUCAUGAGCACUACUGUAUUCAGAAAGACUUCAUCGUUAAAAUCCUCUCCGUCAAAAAGGGGUCGUGGGGGUCUAGCCGUGGGCAAAUACGGCGGGCCCGGAGCGGCCUGGUCGGCCAGUCAGCUGCCCUUUGUGAGAGACGAAAACAUCUACGACUUGAGAGGAGCCCGUAGCUUUCCCACACUGGACGAUGAUGUUUCAGGUCGGACAGAUGUGCUUCCCUGCACCCCUCCUUCAUUCGAGGAAGCCACCACAGCCUCCAUCGCCACCACGCUGUCCUCCACCACCUCUCUGUCUAUCCCAGAACGCUCCCCCUCGGACACCUCCGAACAACCGCGCUACAGGAGACACACCCAGUCCAGUCAGGAAGAAACAAUGCAGGAUGAGGACCAGCAGACCAUCACAGUGGAGGUGGAAGUGGAGGGGCGAUACGACAGCGAGCUCACCCUCGUGGCUCCCCAGGUAUCGCCGGAAAACAGUGAAGCUCCAGAGACGUUUCUAGAAGCUUCGUCCUCCUCCGUCCCAGCGAGCCCCAGGAUAGUCGUGGAAUCUGACAGCGCCAGUCAGGCCUCGGGCUGUACGAGCCGUGCCUCUGUGGACGAGGAUGAUGAUGUGCCAAUUACAGACAUUUAUUUUUUCUCUGAUGGCGGCGUCUGUGUUUGUCAGCCCAUCACACACAGAAAAAGGCACAAUGUUCCGUAUCUGUCUCUUCCCACUGCAUUUCUAAUCUCCCUCUCUGCCACUCUUGUUUCAUAUCUGUCUUCCUCUCUGCAUAUCUCUGCUGGCUGCUUCUGUGUGUCUCCACCCCUUCUGGCUCCCUCUGCUGUCUUGGUUGUGUACCAGCAGCCUCCAGAAGACAAAAGCUGGGUGUAUUCUCCUCUGCACUUCAGCACAGGGUCAAAGACCCUUCCAGAGGACGAAGAGGAGAGUGAAACAUAAUCAGACCUCAGGAGAGAGGAGCAGCUCCAAGGUUUGGACUCCUCAGACUCGUCUCGUCCGGAAGCUUUACUGGUCGGAUGCUACAUUAACUCAAGCUUCAUUUUCAUCGUUUUCAUCACCCACUUCACAAACAACACCAAUGUCCAGACGUAUUUAUGAGGAAAAAUUUAUAUAUUUGUUUAAUUAUUUUAUUUUGUUGACAUGUUUUAUUUUUUCGUUCACUGUCUAAUUUACAUACUGUGAACGUGUUCUCCGAUUUGAGCUCUGGGGUGCAAGACUCCUAAGAGUAGGCUGUAUGCUAUAUUUUAACUGAAUUAUUAUAAUUUUGUAUUCUUUUGGGCUAUAGGCUAUGUGAGCUUAAUUUAAAAAAGAAAGACAUUGUUUAUAGUUAUUUAUGCUACUCUGGUUGUCAAUGCACGUUGGUUAUGAGUAGCGUUUGAAAAAAUGCAAAUUUAUUUGUUUUAUUUCUCAUUAAUCUGCAUUCAAAUGAUAGUUCAUAUUGUGUUCUAUUUCUGUUGCAGUUCUUUAAUCCUAAUUUUUUUUUUUUUUUAAUUUUUGGAUAUCCCCUCCCCCGUCAUCGGGUCUAUUAAGAAGAUGGGACCAAAUUAUUGUGUGGGAGGCCAAAUAUGUAAACCAAAUUGUUAGCAUAUCACAAUCAUUUCACUAUCAGAAAUAUUUCAGUUAAAAAUGUUUUAAAUUGUAAAUCCAUAUGUAUAGAAUUUGUGUGUGUGCCUAUGCAGUGAGCGUGUUUGUGGUUUUGAGUAAGCGAGUGUAUCAUUUUACAAUGGAAGUGUGUGACACUGAUUCUUAUGACGUGGCCAGUUGCUAUUGCAGUUGUAUCUAAAAUAAAAAGGACUACUGCAGCAAUAUUUGUAAAGUGUAGCACACACAAAUUUUGGUUGCCUUAAUUUGUUUUGCCAACCUCAAUCCUAUUGUAGUUAUAAAAUAUUCACUGAUUCAGUCUUUUUUUCUGUCUUAGAGAAUUUGUAUAUAGAUCUUUAAAUACAUAUAAAAUAUAUUUUAAAUGUUAUUUGAACUUUUAUUUUGUAAUUUAUUUUGCAAAAGAUGUCCAAGCUUAGGGCCACACAAAACCCACGCGUUCUUCCAGUGUUGAGGACAUGCACCAUUUCUUGUGUUGUCUUUCUUUGUAUCAUAUGUAUAAACUUUACAGUUCAGAUUGUAAAGUCUAUAUGUGCUCAGACAUACAACUGUAUCAAUCGCUUACUCUUCCAACAGUUGAGCUGUGUUUGUGUGUGUGGUCAAAAAGCUGUGUGCCCCCUCAAUAUCAAGAGCAUGAGUCUACUUACAUCGAUGUACAGCAUAGACAUUUAUCCUACAAAAAACAAAACAAAACAAAAAACCUACCACAACCAAUGGACCCAUGUGUGUACAUUUGUUAAAACCCUUAAAAUAAAUUCAACUCUUGAUUCACA